AGAAGCAAGCCGUGUCGUCUGCGCAAGCCGUGAUUUUUAUAGGGCGACACAGUCUCAGCAGUUUUGUUGCUCGGGGUCACUCCCCCGGUGCACUCUCCCCGUGCACAAGCGCCGCUCCGUUGUCUUGAUAGCCGUAUUUGAUAUGGGAGUAUCGACCUUUGCCGCCUGUGCCUUCCCACCACACAUUACCGUGGUUCGUUCCGCAAAGCGUCAGGCUCACUGUUAUGGCCGCGUGGUAACAGCAACGCAUAAUCGCUAGCGCUACCCUUCGUACGGCCGCCUAUCCCUGUCGCCACUACACGGGGCCCGACACCCGCAGCGACCCUGUAAAUCACAACAGUGAUGCAUCAACACCGGGUCGAGUUUGACCCCCGUCCUCCCAGAUUCCCGUCUCUGACCCCACUACUCAGUGUGGAGGUAAUAAUCGAUGGAUAGUAACCUGCAAAACACUUUCACUUUCAGGAAACGCUGGCGAGGCACAGGCUCGUCCCUACGGCAAAGAUGCUCUUUGUAGAGAUGUGGUUGUCGAAGCAUUAUGGACGAACCGGCCAUCCUUUCUUCCUACGUGUUGCUUUAAAUACUGUCGUUGUGUCGUGGGCAUGCCCCACGUCGGCCUUCUGCGCUGGAAGCUGCUACCUGGUAGCCUGUUGCCGAGCUAACAACACCAAUCCUGGGCGGCGCCUGGAAAAAAACGAAGAAAAGCCAACAUAUUCCCAACAAGGCAACGAAUCGCCACGGGGACAUUUGCCCGUUGUUCGUUUCUUCACUCCAUUUUAGAGUCUGUCGUGAUUGCGCGGGUUCUCCGUUAGCCUUUCUCCUGCACCGCCAUGGAACGCAUUGUUGUACUCGUGUCAGCGACAUUUCUCUAUUCCGUCGUGGGCAGGGCAUCUAUGGCAUCAGCAGAGAUGGCGUCCAGAACAAAGCGACUAUCUAUCCUCAUUUCCUUCCAUUGUGUGCUUUCUGAGAUUUUAAGCGGCCACGCCGCGGCGGAAGCCACGUCGAAGCCAGCGCGCCAGCCCGAAGGUGCUGGACGGUCUGCUUCCCCGUCACCUUCACUGUCACACGCUUCAGGUGUUGUUGUAGGGGCACGCCGGCGGAGGCUUGCCGAAGGCAGUCCCGGGGAGGAGCCUGAUCCCGUCCGUGAAUUGCUCGAUCUUGAGGAGGAGCUCGAAAACCUUCUUGCACUGCGGUUCAAAGAACGACUUGCGUUUAGGCAAUGUGUGAGGCACUGGGGUACUUUCGACGCCUACUGCCAACACCAGUCGAAAUGCAGAAGCCAGAUGGCGGCGGAUCCAGAGAGGAUGAGAGAUGCAUUCGAAAGGAAACAAGCAAGGAAGCAAACGGCUUGCAACGCCUGGGCGGCAUUGCUAGACGCCGCCUGUGAGAAAAUUGAGGCCAUGGACAGGGAGAGGAAACAGAUGCAAAGUCGACUCACCAAGGAACAAACCUCCCAGUAUCUUGCCGCAAAAGCUGCCCGCGGUCGAGCUCAAAUCGGGGGUGAUAGUUCGCAUACCGCUGUGGGUGAGGCAGCAGUUGGUGCGAGCCCGAGACCGCCGGCUACUGGUGAUAGUCCUACGCCAGGUGACGCUGGUUCCCUGGACGCCUUGAAUAACGAAUUAGCGCGACUAAGGCAGGUGGUAUCGCUCGCCGAGAGGAAAACAACUAGAAUUCGACAGGCUCUGAAGGAUCACUUAGAACGCCGUGUACCGUCUACUCCGCCGGGUGUGCCUUCACCUGAACGAGACCGUGCCGGUGAAGCCCGAGCCGCAUGGGAGGCGCAACACCUCCAACUCGAACAAGAUGCUAAACAGGCACGCGAGGCCGUUGUUACAUUUCGUGGGCGGUUGCGGGAACUUAACGCACAGAAAGCUGCAUAUGAGAAGGCAUACGGUGUCUGUCCGGGCAGGAGAGGUUGUGAAAAUGCUCCUGUCCGCUUCUCCCGUCUUGGCAUUACCGUUGACGCACGUGCGGCGGCUACACCGUGGUAUCAGCGCCAUAAUUUCCUAAGCCUUAUCCACCGCUCGAGUAGCGGUCCUCCUGAUAGAGCUGCACUGCCGCUUCUUGGCCCCAGGCAUCAUGUGUUUAUUGCUGGGCGACAACACCUAUCACGUCCAGUUGGGAAGUCAAGCGGUAAACGUGGUCGCAGUCGUGCAGCUGAAGGCAGCGGUAAAACGGGUGACGAACACAAAGCAAGCGCGAGUACGUCUGGACUUGCAGGACCAUCAGAGUUCCAAAAUGAACGAGUGCACUGCGCUCUAUAUGGACUGACGAAUCCGUCCUCGACAGUAGCGAGUCGUUGGCAAAACCGUGUUUUGUGAAAUGGCACGGCUGAUUUCGUUUCCGCCUGGCAGCUGGUUCAGCAGCAGGGGAUGCGAGUCUGUAGACAAAGCUGCCACAGUUGCCGGAGUCAUGACGAUGUGGAUGUCGUCUCCUUCUUCCGUGUUUAGAGCCAAUGCCAGAGGGUCACGUGGAAUCUUCCAACGCCACCGCUUUCCGCGUUACAGCGUCGGAGUGACCCCGCUGGGUGCAUUAGACCCCUCGUUUUGUCGCUGGAGCUGGAGUCAGUCACGUUCGUAGUGCCGCGGCGAAUGUAUGAACUACGAGGCUAGUUUCUCUUGGAGGUUGUUGGAAUAGCUCUCUGGAACAGGCACUGUUAGAGAACCGAGCCCAUCAGUAAUGUCCCCUGUGUAAUCUGAGAUCUCCCAGUGAUGUGUAGGUGACUGACAUUGCGGUUAGCGUACGGA